AUGGAUGACUACACGGUGGAGGAGGCCAACCUCAAUGAAGAAAUAGAAGCUGAAUUGGAGAAAAUCAGUAUUUCUUCCUUAGAAAAGUAUGUUGAUAGUGACUCACCAUCAGAAACACAGAGUGAUGAAAAUGAUACAACUUUAGUUAAGUUACCUGACUCUGUACUUCAGUGUAUUAACACUAUAGAGGAAAAGAGUGAUGCUGUUGAAGACCUCAUUCUUCAGGACUUGGAAGAUAGUGAUGUUUUAGACUGUAAGUAUGGAGCAGUUUCUAAUGAUAAUAUUCAUUUAAGGAUAGAAUUACGCACUGAAUAUAAUGAAAAUCCAAGACAGUUGAUGAAGAUAUUAGCUGAAAUAGAAAAAGAAGAAUUUCUGAGAAGUAAAAUUCAUGGUGACCACAGUGACUCUGUUCUAGAGCCUCAUGUUCAUGAACCACCUACAAAUGACCAUGCUUUUACAGAUGAUCCAGAAAUACAUUUUGAGUACUGUGAAGUGGAAGAAAGAUGUAAACAGUCUUUUGAGGCUUGGCAAGAUAAACAGAAAGAACUAGAAGACCAAAGGCAAGAAAUCUUCAAAACUCAGAGGGACAAAGAAAGAAGACAGUUUCAGGAAGAAGAAGAAAAGAGAUAUUGCUGGAUGAAACAGUUUGAAAUGGAAAAGAAGAAGUUAGAAGAUAUUUAUAGGCAAGAACAGGACAAUAUUAAUGAGGAACUUCAUAAACAAGAGAAAAUAUGGAAGGAGAAAUUCAAACAGCAUGAGGAAUUUAUUAGAAGAUUGAAUUUACAAAUACAAGAAGAAAGAACAAGCUUUAAAGAAAUCCAGGAAAAAGAAAGAGCACAUUUGCUAAAAGUGCAGCAUUUUGCAGCUGUGAAAAUUCAAGCUACUUACAAAGGUUUUUCAGUUCACAAAAAAUAUGGUCCAAUCAUAAAAAAACAAUUAGAAGCUAAGAAAAGAAAAGCAUGGGAGUGGAAAGAAAAGGAAGCAAAAAUACGGAAUAUAGAAAAAGAACAACUUAAAAGAUUAGAGGAGAAACAAAGUGUAGAAAACCAGAUUAGAAAACAAAAAGAAGAAGAAAGAAAAGAAAGAGAAAAAGAGUAUGUAGAAAAAAAGAUGUUACUGAGACAAGAAAAGGGGCAACAAUUAUAUCAGGAAAAAUUAAGAUUUAGAGAACAUACAAGCAAACAGCUAAUGAAAGGUAGAGAAUUGAAACAGGGAAGGUAUAGUGUCAACUAUUUAACUGUUACAGGUAUAGUGAAGGACAAGAAUGAUGCAGCCAAAAAUCUGGAGGAUAAUGCACCAAAAAAGUGGGGCUAUGUCCCCCUGUGUCUAGUUGAAGAAUUGAAGAGUAGAGAAAAUCUUUGUAGACAUAAUAUAUCAAAAGAAUCAAGUCUAAUACAAUUAAAAGAUCUUAUAUCAAGCAAAAAAAUUUUGACAGAGUUGAAAGUAGAAGAAAAACUGGAAAACUUAGCAAAGCAGCAAUGUUCAGGUAAGUCAGUCAAACAAGAAAAAAAUGGAAAUCUAGAGAAAAUGUCUGAUUUGGAGAACCAAGACCUAAAAGAAAAUGCUAUGGAAUGGUUUCAGCUACAAGAAGUGAAGUUAGACACUCAAAAAGAGGAAACUGUGAAAAAUGUUAUAAAAGAAAAUCUUAUUCAUAGACAAGAAACACAAAUAAUAUUAUUCAGACAUAAUGAGGCAAUAAGUGAAAUGGGGAGAAAUGAACCACAGGACAUAGUCAAAGACAACCAGGAAACAAAGGUAUUGAAAGUGGAAAAAGAUGUGACAUCAGAACAGGAUGGAAUAGCACAUGAGAGAAAUAUUUUAGUGAUAACAAGUAAACCAAAUCCUCUACCUAUAAAAAUAGAAGAAUCUGAAGUCAUGGAGAAAAAUGAAAUAAUGCAAAACCUAGAAAAUGAUUUAAAACACAAAGAAACUAGUUCAAAUCUUCAAAACAAUGCUCCAUAUGACCACAUGGUUUUUUAUACUAGUGAUAAUGCAAAGAUAAAAUUAGAUGAAAAAGUAAAUAAACAAGAUUUUAGUUUAGAUAGCAGUACUGUUUGCAAUGACUUGGGUGGAGAUAUUGCAAAAAACAAUUUAGUUUUGACAGAAUUAAAUUCUCCUCUGGUUCAGAGUAAAAGAAUUCCAGAACCCUGUCAUGAAAAUAGCACAGAAUGUGGAAGAGGUAUGACCUGCUCUUUGCCUGAGAGAGCUCUCCUACUGAGUAUUCAAGAGAAGAAACUAGAAUGGGAAAAAUCAUUUAAACCUUGGCUUGAAAUUUUUAAGCAAAAUCAGCAAAAAAAGAUAUCGAAGAGAAAGAGGCCCCAAAAAUGCUUUGCCAACAUCCUCCCACCUUUAAACACUCUAGAAAUUCUUCAGCAUGGUCCUUGGGAUACAUUAAUGAAGGUUACCAAAGUUACAUUUCAAGAUUUGCCUAAUUGUAGCAUCUCCACACUGGCAGAAUGUUCAAAUCUUCAGUUUCUUUCUCUUCAACGCUGCGGAUUAACCAGUUUGGACAGCCUGAGUAACUGCAAAAAACUCAAGUACAUAGAUGCACAGGAAAACCAUAUUGAGGCUAUCAACUGUGAGGACUUAGAAAAUCUCUCUGUUGUUCUUCUGAAUAAAAAUCAACUCACCUCACUUCAUGGCUUGGAUGGCUGCAUUAAUAUUCAAAGCCUGGAACUUUCACAUAAUAAAAUCACACGAAUUGCUGGGUUAGAGUCUUUAAAAAAUCUUCAGCACUUAAUUGUGAACCACAAUCGGUUGAUUAGUACAAAAGGUCUUUGUCAUUCUCCUACUAUCAUCUCUCUGGACUGUUCACAUAACCACCUCACUGAAAUACAGGGCAUUGAACACUGUGGAUUGCUCCAAACCCUGAAAUUACAAGGAAAUUAUCUAAGUGAGCUUCCACCUUUGGAGAAUCAUGUUCUGCUAAGAGAAUUACACUUGGAUGAUAACAGCAUUUCAACUGUAGAAGCAUUUUCCUUAUAUUGGCUACCUUUAUUACAAAACCUCACUCUCUCACAAAACAGUUUGACCAAGAUAAUACCACUUUCUCAUUUUAUUUCUUUGGAAAUACUAGAUGUCAGCAACAACUGUCUUUCUGACCUUGCCGGUGCCCAAAGCUGGUUCGAUUCAUGCUAUUCUCUUCGUGAAUUGUCUCUCACAGGAAACCCAAUUCUUCAAGAAAUAAACUGGAGAGAUGUAUUCACCUGGGACUCUGCAGAAAAGCUCGACCUGUAUUUUAAAAAGAUGAUGGCUCUAAGUAUUGAGUAUCGGUGUGCACAUGAGCACCGUAAAGGGAAGACGGAUAGGAGAGUAAAGCCAGCAACCCCAAACCGUGCGGCUGCGAACAACAGAGAAAGAACAUUAAACACUACAGAUGUGCUGUUUGGCCGGCAGGGGCCAGAGCAACUCGGACCCUUUGGGGGCAGACAGAGCACAUCGGCUGCCCAAGUCUCUGAAGGCUGGGAAAGAAGUCAAGCGAGCAUCACUGAGUUACCUGACCACGGGCUUCUCCUCAGCAAGACAGGGUUGACACCUACUAUGCCCAAUGGUGAACAAAACACUGAAUACCGUGACAAAACAAUGGCAGCUCUGGUGAUCCAGGACUAUUGGCACCACUACAUUGAACACAAACAGACCUCUGGGCUGGAAGCCUGCAUCAAGAAUAAAAUUGUUUUAAAGAAGGAAGAAAGUGACAGUAUUUUAAAUAAGAUAGAAAGAGAAAGUGUUGAGAAUUCACAGGAGCUGAGAGAAAAUGCAGCCAUUAUUAUUCAGGCAUUUUGGAAAGGCUUUAUUUUACGAAAGAAGCUGGCUUUAGCUCUAGAAGCAAUUGAGAAUGAAGAAUCUGAAGAUGAAUAUGAAGAAAUAGACUUAGAAAAUUUUAUGUUUGAUGAAGCGGCCUUUGAGAAAGAAUGGCAAGCUUCAGAGCCCGCCUGCAUCCCUUCACAAACACUGCUACUCCCAGACCAGCUGCACUGGCCAAAGUUCUCUGAAACCUUAAGAUGUGAUGACAGUUCUCUGAGUUUACCAAAUUAUCCAGCUCAAGUGCGGCUCUGCAAUGAGAAGGAAAAUUUGUUUUCACCGGAACACACACAUUUAAACAGCAGAUUAGAAUAUAGAACUUCAUCCUGGACUCCUGAAUCCAAGUACAGUAGAAGGAGUUUGCUAAAAUUGAAAAAAGAAGAAAAAGUUUCAGAAGAAUGGGGAUUUAAGGAUAUUUCAACUGCUCAGCAAAUGCUGAGAAGAGCCCGAAAAAUGAAAUCGACAAAAUUAAGAAAAAAAUUAGAUCCGACUGUGCGCCUAGCACUAUUCAAGAGCAAUGAAAAUAAAGUUUCUCUUAGAAGGUCACCAAAGAAGGGCCAGUUGAGAAAAGACAGCCCUUUGGACGGUAAAGAAGAAUUAAUCUACAAAAAUACUACUGGAAAUGAAAAAGCAGAAAGAAAUAAGGAAUAUACAUAUCAGUGGCUUCACAUGCAGGUCAAAGGUCAUAAAACUAGUUCCAGAAAUAUGAAAGGCGAACAUUUCCUACCUGAGUUAGAUCCAGAGAUAUGCAGUGGUGGAAGAGUUCAGCUUGUGGCAAGACUUGUAAGCAGAGAAGACACGGAUUUAGACCUCUUUUCCAUGAGCGGUGGAAGUGCUUUGUCUGUGAAGAGAGAGAAAAAAAAUCAGGCACACAGACACUCAGCGGGAUCUUCAAGUAAGUUGUGGUUCCCUUCAGAAUUAAUUUAG